AUGGCGUCCAAGGCCCUCAUGGUGCCCGCCGUGUUCGGCUGCGCCGCCGCCUUCGUGCCCGUGGGGCCCCAGCUGCGCGCCACUGGCGCCGUGGUGGGCCAGGACGCGGCGCAGAUGCCUAGCGCCGCCCCUGCCGCGGUACCAGCGGUCGGCGGCGCCGUGUCCGCGUCGAUGGCGGUGGCCGGCGCAGCCGCCCUCGUCGCGGGCGGCGUGCGAGCCCGACGCGCGGGGAGGCCGGCGGCGGCGCGAUCGCAGCGUGCAGUGGCGUGCAAGGCGGAGAACCCCCGCGUGGCGGCGCUGCGCUCGGGGAAGAAGUCCGUGAAGAUCUCGCCCUCCAUCCUUUCGGCCGACUUCUCGCGCUUGGGGGAGGAGGUCGGAGAUGCCCUCAAGGCCGGCGCGGACUGGGUCCACAUCGACGCGAUGGACGGCCGCUUCGUGCCCAACAUCACCAUCGGGCCGCUGGUCGUGGACGCCCUCCGCAAGAAGUACCCCGACGCCGUGAUGGACUGCCACCUCAUGAUCGUGGAGCCCGAGAAACGCGUCGAGGACUUCGCAAAAGCCGGGGCCGACAUCAUCUCCGUCCACGUCGAGUCCGCGUCGACGAUCCACCUGCACAGGACCAUCCAGAGCAUCAAAGCGCUGGGCUGCGCUGCCGGGGUCGUCCUCAACCCCGGCACGCCCCUGUCGGCCAUCGAGUACGUCUUGGAGGAGGUCGACCUCGUCCUGAUCAUGUCCGUUAACCCCGGCUUCGGCGGCCAGAGCUUCAUCGAGAGCCAGGUCGACAAGAUCAAGGAUUUGAAGGCCAUGUGCAAGGCGAAGGGCGUGGACCCGUGGAUCGAGAUCGACGGCGGCGUCGGCCCUGCGAACGCGUACAAGGUCGUGGAGGCGGGCUGCAAUGCCAUCGUCGCCGGCUCCGCGGUGUUCAACGCCCCCGACUACGCGGCGGCCAUUGAAGGCAUCCGCGCUGCCAAGGCGCCCGUGGCCGCCUGA